AUUUCCUAGUACAGAUGCGAACGGAGAAGAAUUUCCUUUGAUAAUGAUUAAACUUAUUUGCUGUAAGAGGCAGCUGAUUGUUUACUUUGGACAUUUAACAUCGUUGAUCCUUCAACCUUUUGAAAUAUUACAAUCAGUCCAAUACUCAUAUUACCGCUCAAUCGAAGGGGGCGAGUUUUUCGAUCUGUACAUUGGAGCGAGUAGGUUUUCCUAUAUUUAUUUCCUAGUACAGAUGCGAACGGAUAAGAAUUUCCUUUGAUAAUU